AUGAGGGUGGCGGUGUGCCUCUCUGGCUACGCGGACGUUAUCGCGCUGCCUGCCUACCAACGUCACCUCCUCGCCGCAUUCAUGCCACUGCGAUCUGACGCGUCGGUCACAUUCGAGCUGCUCCUUCACCUCGACGGCACAUUGCUGCACGAGAGCGAGAAGCACCUGCUGUUGAAGGCCUCGCAGACUCUGGAUGCGGCUGAACUCAAGGUGUACAACAGCACGCCGACACGCCCAAAUCCCGUCCCCGGUCGUGUCAUGUGUCGGCCGGACCAGCUCUCGAAGAAGGUUGCUUGCGACUGCCUCACGGUGGGUUACAUUCAGAACGUCAAGCUGCGUGGCUGCCUGGCGAGCAUCAAGGCGCGCGAAGCGGCGAUGUCCGCGCCCUUCGACCUCGUUGUUCGCAUGCGAAGCGACAUCGAGUUUGGCUUUAGCGUGCCUGCGGCGGCGCAGUGGGCGAGGCUGAGGGAGGGCAUCGUGUGGGCAGGGAUGGUGGAGCCUCGCAGCCUGCUUGGCCUGGAGGAAGUUGGGUUGAUCGACGAUCAGUUCGCGGUGCUGCCCAGGGCUAUAGCAGCCGCUUACCUCUCCGGCCCUGCAGAUGAUAUCGAGGCUUGCGUGCCGGCGCAACCAAAUAGGACGGAGCAGGGCUGGUGCCCCGGCCGGUGGCACUGGGCGGAAUGCCGCUUCCUGCGCGCGUUGCGCCAAAGGGCGCUUUCUCUUCCAGGCCCGCUCCUCGCCGCGCAGUUCCCGGCGCUACGCAACGCCUCAAUGCUCACGUGCGGUGAGAGGCGACGCGGCAGCGCCGCCGGCUGCCUCACGACGGGGGCCCGCCGCAGAUCUGAAGGCAACACGAUGCGGCUGAGGCAUGUUCGCGCCGUCGCAGGGACGCUGCUUAGUGAGCGCCUGCCGCCUUCCCACUUUCCGCCCGAGGCGCUCGUUGGCAAGCACCCUGCCACACGGACGACGGGCCGCGCACACACCAAGCAAAAGGAGCUGUAA